UCACUUCCGUAGCGUCAAGAAGUUCUUGUUUUGUUCGUAUUUUUUUGUCUAAAAUGAUUCUAAUGAGAAUUAUUACUUAAAAUUCUAAUUAAUUUAGUAACUAACAAGUAUAUCCUACAAUAUUUAUUGCUAUGGACACUUGGAACUGCUGUAGAACAUGUCUGAGCGUGGAAUCUUUGCACCCUAUAUUUCAAUACGAAAAUCAUCACGAAAAAUAUUCCGAAGUUAUUUUCUCAGCUACUGGACUUAAGGUUGAAUAUAACGAUACACUACCUCAACAGAUGUGCACAACAUGCAUAAACUUUAUAAACACAUCAUACAAAUUCAGAAAAAAAUGUGAAGAAGCCUACCAAUCGUUACUAUCCAGACUUAACGACAAUCCUAUCUGCAGCGUCAAGUUAGAAACAGACAUAUUCCCACCAGACAACGAUAGCAAAAUAUCAAUAGACAUUACUCACUUAGUUAACGAUUUCAACAAUCACGAUAACGGAAUUAACGAUUUCACAUUAUACGAUGACAUUGAGAAACAGGAAGAAGAUUUAAUAUACGAUUCUAAAGAUCAAGAACUUAACGAUAAGGAUAUAGAAAAUAAUUGUAAACGGAAAACGAGAAGUAAAAAGAGUGAUAAGCCCGUUAAACGGACUUUGAGACGGAAGAAGGAAGAUGGAGACAAGAAAACGGGAGUUAAAGAAGAGAUAGAGUGUGAAUAUUGUCAUAAGAUAUUAACAUCUAAAUUAUCUUUACGUAAUCAUUAUAAGAUUCAUACAGGAUUUGAUGUGGUUUGCGAACACUGCGGCAAGAAGUUUAUAACCCGCCGCCUCCUUCUGAUGCACUGUAGAGCCAAGCAUGGGUACGAGAAGACAGACAAAUGCUCCUUCUGUGAUUAUAGAGCUUCUAAUGCUGAACAGGUUAAGAUCCACGAGCGUCUCCACACGGGCGAGAAGCCGUUUGUCUGCGCGGAGUGCGGCGCCGGCUUCCACCGCAAGAGCAGCUACCUGCAGCACGUCGCCAUACAUCUACCUGACAAGAACGUACAGGUUCGUAGCACAUUAACUCUUACCCGGGUAUACUACACCCACCGCAAGAGCAGCUACCUGCAGCACGUCGCCAUACAUCUACCUGACAAGAACGUACAGGUUCGUAGCACAUUAACUCUUACCCGGGUAUACUACACCCACCGCAAGAGCAGCUACCUGCAGCACGUCGCCAUACAUCUACCUGACAAGAACGUACAGGUUCGUAGCACAUUAACUCUUACCCGGGUAUACUACACCCACCGCAAGAGCAGCUACCUGCAGCACGUCGCCAUACAUCUACCUGACAAGAACGUACAGGUUCGUAGCACAUUAACUCUUACCCGGGUAUACUACACCCACCGCAAGAGCAGCUACCUGCAGCACGUCGCCAUACAUCUACCUGACAAGAACGUACAGGUUCGUAGCACAUUAACUCUUACCCGGGUAUACUACACCCACCGCAAGAGCAGCUACCUGCAGCACGUCGCCAUACAUCUACCUGACAAGAACGUACAGGUUCGUAGCACAUUAACUCUUACCCGGGUAUACUACACCCACCGCAAGAGCAGCUACCUGCAGCACGUCGCCAUACAUCUACCUGACAAGAACGUACAGGUUCGUAGCACAUUAACUCUUACCCGGGUAUACUACACCCACCGCAAGAGCAGCUACCUGCAGCACGUCGCCAUACAUCUACCUGACAAGAACGUACAGGUUCGUAGCACAUUAACUCUUACCCGGGUAUACUACACCCACCGCAAGAGCAGCUACCUGCAGCACGUCGCCAUACAUCUACCUGACAAGAACGUACAGGUUCGUAGCACAUUAACUCUUACCCGGGUAUACUACACCCACCGCAAGAGCAGCUACCUGCAGCACGUCGCCAUACAUCUACCUGACAAGAACGUACAGGUUCGUAGCACAUUAACUCUUACCCGGGUAUACUACACCCACCGCAAGAGCAGCUACCUGCAGCACGUCGCCAUACAUCUACCUGACAAGAACGUACAGUGCGACCAAUGCCCUGCCCGUUUCAAAUCGGUCACCCUUAUGAGGAUACACAAGAAUAGACACAAGGCGCCUCAGUAUUCGUUCAAAUGCAGGAUUUGUCAGAACACGUUCGUGAGACGACGGAACGCCGUCAGACACCUGCUGAGGAUCCAUGCUGUACAGGCUGGACCCCAGCAUAUUGACAGGUUGAAGAUCGCUUGAUAAAUCAUGAUAUGUAGCAUCGUAAUUAUCUUCUACGUAUGAGAAGAGGCCUUUUAUCGAGGAGAUAAAUUAAUUAUUAUGUUAUCGGCUUACUCACGUAACUGUUUGACGAGGAACUCGACUAGUUUCAAGCCAUGAAUGCUC